ACUCUCAAGAUUUUGUUUUUUUUUUGUCUUUUCAAAAUCGUUAUUUUCUGGCGUGGGGAUUUGCAUGAGCUUGAUCAUUGGAAUUAAGCGCGCCGUCUCACACAGUUGCUUGGUCAGAUCUGCUGUUGAAAUGCCAAAACAUUUGGAAAAACGAGUCAAGAACUUGGACCAGGUGUUUUUGGAGCAGUGGGGAACGUUCAAUGAGGCGAGUCACUUCAUCAGAUUUGCGCUGGAUCACGAAAUUAUGGAAAACUGGCAGCACAUCAUUGAACUUCUGGAAACUUGCGAAGCUCGAAUGGAAAUCAUCACUGACUUCGAUUACAUGCGUGCAUCAAGCUAUGAAGUGAUGAGAAUUGUCAAUACGCGUAUGACUGACGUCCUCAACGUCAUCCUUCCAGUCAAAGAAUUCAUGGAGGUCUCCAUCAGACUCUACGGAGAAAGAAUGGUGGAUGAAGCAGAAGAAACUAGAAAGAUGAACGCAUUGGAGCAGGAAGCUGCUGGAUCUUCGAAAGCGCAGAAACUCACGUUUUCAGAAAAUGAUGUAGUUGAAGCUUCUAACAGUAAGGCAAACGAAGACCGUGUCAAACGCAAAGAGCUCAUUGAUGCCAUUAAAGAAGCCGAGGAAACUGAUCUCCUUCUUAAUCAACGUCGCGAAAAACGGAAUGACAACGAAGAACCACCACGAAGACGGGGCAGCUUUUUCUUCGGGUGCUUCGGAUUUUGAAUGCAUGUUUCCAUCAAGUCGCCAUUUUUUGAUUUAAUUUCCACGGAGUAAUAUGUAAAUGAUGUACCAUAAUGAAUUAUUAUCUUAGUAAUAAUUGCCGAGAGCAAUUUUCUCAGCUCCUCAUUAAUAACGAGUUUUUGUUUUGAAAUGUCAUGUAUGAACACAUUUUAAUAAUUGUAAACUACUAAAAAAAAAAGAAUAAAGCGAGUUUUCUAUUAAA